AUGCAGCUAUACAAGGACGAAGGGCCAGGCCCUUUGGGUUGUUGGGUGGAAGUUUCAAACGUAAGUAGAGCAUCUUUCUGUUUAGCUCGAGAAAAUAUUACAACCACCCAAUUUCUUAGAGACCCUGAAACAAUAGAGUCUAGUGAUGACAUUUUUGUAUUUGCCAACAGGAAUAACCCAAUUAGUGAUUCUUCAGGGGUAUUUAGAAUAUCAGAAGAUGGAAAUCUUCAACUCUUGGAUGGUAAAAACAAGGUGUGUUGGUCGUCAAAUGUAUCUCAACAAGGAAAGAAUACAGUUGUUCAGCUUCUGGAUACAGGAAAUCUUGUUUUGCGUUGUGAGACAAUCAUUUGGCAGAAGAUGAGUGUUACAAAGUCUAUGCCUAAAGGCCGAAAUAGGGAAGCUGUAGUUGGAGAUUUACCGGUGUUUGGAUUGAAAAAGUUGGCAGCCGCAACAGACAAUUUCCAGGAAAUUAACAAGCUUGGGCGAGGUGUUUUUGGCACAGUAUACAAGGGAAAAUUAGAAAACGGGCAAGAGAUAGCGGUUAAAAGACUUUCAAAAUCAUCUAGGCAAGGAGUUGAGGAGUUCACGAAUGAAGUGUUGGUGAUCUCAAAACUUCAGCACAGAAAUCUUGUCAAGCUACUGGGAUGUUGUUUUGAAGGGGACGAAAAAAUGCUUGUGUAUGAAUAUAUGCCAACUAAAAGCCUGGAUGCACUUCUAUUUGAUCCUACAUUUCAGAUAAUUCUGUGCUGGAAAAAGCGAUUCAACAUUAUCCUAGGCAUAUGCCUUGGACUUCUUUACCUGCAUCGAGAUUCUAGAGGAAGGAUUAUUCACAGGGAUCUUAAAGCAAGCAACAUAUUGUUGGAUGACAAUCUCAAUCCUAAGAUAUCAGACUUUGGAAUAGCAAGAAUUUUCGGAGAAUCACAAGACCAAGGUGAUACCAGCAGGAUUGUUGGCACCUAUGGUUAUAUGUCUCCAGAGUAUAUGGUGGAAGGCCGGUUUUCAGAAAAGUCAGAUGUGUUCAGCUUUGGGGUACUGCUGCUAGAGGUCUUAAGUGGAAGGAGGAGCAGUAGCUUUAAGGAUGAGGACUCAUUGAGGCUUUUAACUCAUGCAUGGAAAUUGUGGAAUGAGGACAAUAUUUUGUCAUUGAUUGAUCCAACAAUCUCAGAACCGACCUUCCAUGCAGAGUUUCUGAAGUGCAUACAACUAGGGUUGUUAUGUGUGCGAGAAAUUCCUGAAGAUAGACCCAGCGUUUCCACACUACUUUCUAUGAUUGAAAGUAGUGAGGUUAUAGAUCUUCCACUUCCAUCUCAACCUGGCUUUACCACAAAUAAGAAUUCAUAA